AAGCUCUGUGUAUGUUUACCGAUGACGUUUACUCGGGACCACAGAGAUGUGCUAACCAGAACAGCUAACGAGAUGCAUUGGUUACUAUAAAGUUAUAACUCUUACAAUAGCUUCAGGAUAAGUGGGCUAACCGGAUGGGGACAAGAUGUUGGAGUCCUAUGUCACACCACUCCUGAUGAGCUAUGUCAACAAAUACAUAAAGAAUCUAAAGCCGUCAGACCUGCAGCUCUCCCUCUGGGGCGGGGAUGUGGUGCUCAGCAAGUUGGAUCUGAAGCUGGAUGUCCUGGAGCAGGAACUGAAGCUGCCCUUUACCUUCAUGAGCGGCCAUAUCCACGAGCUGCGUAUCCACGUGCCAUGGACCAAGCUUGGGUCAGAACCCGUGGUCAUCACUAUCAACACUAUGGAGUGCAUCCUAAAGCUGAGAGAUGGAGUCCAGGAUGACCAUGAGAGUGGCUCCAGCUCCACGAGCCGCAGUGCCUCAGACAGUGUCAAGGCCCAGGCCAAGCCCCGCAGGCUGCAGCAGGCGGCCCCCAGUGACCCGGACCUGCCCCCAGGCUACGUGCAGAGCCUGAUCCGCCGCGUGGUGAACAACGUGAACAUCGUGGUGAACAACCUGAUCCUGAAGUACGUGGAGGACGACAUCGUGCUGUCCGUCAACAUCACGUCAGCGGAGUGCUACACCGUUGACGAUGCGUGGGAGAGGGCCUUCAUGGACAUCACCGCCCCUGAGUUGGUCCUGAGGAAGGUGAUCAACUUCUCGGACUGUACGGUGUGCCUGGACAAGCGCAACGGCAGCGGGAAGAUUGAGUUCUACCAGGACCCCUUGCUGUACAAAUGCUCCUUCAGGACACGCCUCCACUUCACCUAUGACAACAUGAACUCUAAGAUCCCUGCAUUCAUCAAGAUGCAGACCAUGGUGGAGAGCCUGAAGCUGUCCGUCACCGACCAGCAGCUGCCCAUGUUCAUGCGCAUCCUUGAGCUAGUAAUCGCCCUGUACUACGGGGCCAUCGGGGCCCCCCGGGAUGGCGACGCGGACGAGGGCAGUGGGCCCAUCAGGGAGACGGUCGACCCCGUGCCUGGUAUGGACGUGGAAGAGGACAACCAGGGGAUGGCCCGGCCGUUCUCCAGCUCAGAGCUCUGCAUGCAGCCCGGAGGGCCCGACGACCAGAUGGACGAGGGAUGGGUCUCUUGGGCGUGGUCCUUCGUGCCGGCCAUCGUGGGCGAGGAGGACGAGGAGGGCGAGGACGGCACCUACCACCAGAGAGAGCCAGGGUCCAGCCCGAGUGGCACCCAGCAGCAUGCGCAGCCUCGAGACCCCGUCGUGUCCAUAGGAUUCUACUGCACCAAGGCGUCCGUUACCUUUAAGCUGACAGAGUCCCUUUCGGAGAGCAGCUACUACAGUCCACAGAAGGUCAAGUCCAGAGAGGUCCUGUGUCUGGAGCCGGAGGGAAUCACCAUUGAGGUGCUGAUGAUGGGUGAGGCGUUCUUCGACUGUCAGAUUGGCAUCGUGGGCUGCCGGGCCGUCUGCCUGAAAGGCAUCAUGGGAGUGCGGGACUUUGAGGAUAACCUGAACCGACGGGAGGAGGACGCUGUGUUCUUCAUGUGCGGCGAGACUCUGAGCGCUAAGGGGAUGACGUACCUGACCAACUCCCUGUUCGACUACCGCAGCCCAGAGAACAACGGCGUACGGGCCGAGUUCAUCCUGGACGCCACCAACCACAAGGAGACCUACACAGAGAUAGCCGGCAUGCAGCGCUUUGGUGCUUUCUACAUGGAUUACCUCUACACAAUGGAGAACGGCGGUGGCAAAGGGAGCGUGGGCUCGCAGGACUCCCCGGCGGUCGCCAAGGAGGAGCCGCUGCCGGACGUGCAGGAGAGCUCCACCAAGCGGCUGGUGGUCGGGCCCCUGGAGGUCCGACUACACAGUAGCGCCGUCCACCGCAUCCUCAAGAUGGUGGCCUGCGCCAUGGACCACGAGUACGAGCCCUACUGCAAGCCAGAGCCAGAGCUGGUGGAGGAGCGGCGAGCUCCAGCCACACCAGAGGAGCUCUCCAGCCUGGAAGAAUUCAUCCCCACCAGACUCACCUGUCUCACUUUGCUGAAGGUCUGCAUCACGGUGUCCGUGGCAGAGUUCAACCUGCUGCACACGCUCAUGCCGGUCCUGAUGGGACAGAAGGCGCCCCCUGCGCCCCCCAGCGUGCCAGCAUUCCAGCCAGUGCGUCCGCUGCCGGCCCUGCGCUUCCAGGUGGAGAGGGUGAACGUGGAGCACACUGUCCCCAUGUACGGGCCCGAGCUGGUGGGCCUGGUCAGCGCUCUCAGCCAGCCCUCCGACAACCUGUUGCACCACUGCUACGCACACUGCUACCUCAAGGUGUUUGAGUUCCAGGCAGGCCUGACGUGCCAGGACACGGCGGGGACUUUCCUGCCUCUGCUGCCCAUCAUCCCUUCCUUCAGCACAGCUCUGUAUGGCAAACUGCUCCAGCUGCCCGCCUGCUGGACCAAGAGGUCUCCGGUGCCCACCACGGAGUGUAUCUUUGAGCUCCCCCACUUCGCGGUGCAGGCCACCAUGGCCCAGGCCCUGCUGCUGCAGGCGCUGUGCCAGAGCUGGACCCACAGCCUGGGCAACGGGACCCCGCAGGCGCUCAGCGAGGGUCUUCUCCAGCAGGUUUUCAGAGCACCAGGUGUGAAAUCUCGGAGCCCUUCGCCGACGCUGGAGUGCUCGGUCCAGAACGUGGAGCUGAAGCUGUGCAGCCGUGCGACGGUGAAAUGCGCCUCGGGAACCGUGGGAGCUGUAAAAGUGUGCGCCAGGACUCCAGGGUCGGAAGAGGGGUCCAAGGAGAAGCUGGUUCCCCUGAUCCAGGGCCCGUCCGACACCAGGGAGCUCCACACCAGCCGCUGGCUCAACGAGAUCCGCAAGCCCGAGUCCCUGCUGGCCCCGGACCUCCUGGCCUUCUCUGUGCAGGUUCCCCUGCAGGGCGACGACUGCCGGAACUCAGGUGCUGUGCUGCUGGUCAGUGUGCAGGGCAUCGCGGCCAACGUGGACCCCGUGGUGUGCACCUGGCUGCUCCACCAGCCUCACCGAACGGGCAGCAGACAGCAGCAGCAGCAGCAGCAGCAGGCUCCGGCAGUGGUUGCUAUGGCGAUGCCCCUGGCCAAACGGAGAGAGGAUGAGGUGUCUGUGGGUAGCACGCCACUGGCCAAACAGCCCUCCAAUCAGGCGUCCGAUUACGCCAGCAGCCCGGUCAAAACCAAGACCGUAACAGAAUCCCGACCUCUGUCCAUUCCCAUGAAGGUGAUGCCCAUCAGCACAGCUGUGGAGUCGUGGUCCACCUCAGAGGAGAGGAUGAAGGCGCUGAUUGCUCAUGCCUGGGACGCUGUCAAACGACUGACUCUACAGCUGGAGGUCCAGUCGUGCUGCGUGUUUCUGCCCAACGACAGCCUGCCCUCCCCGAGCACCAUCAUCUGCGGUGACAUACCCGGCACCGUCCGCAGCUGGUACCACAACCAGGCCUCCAUGCCUGGGACUCUGGUGGUCUGCCUGCCCCAGAUCAGUGUCCUCAGUGCUGGACACAAGUACAUGGAGCCCCUGCAGGAGCUGCCCUUUGUGGUGUCGAAGCCGAUCCUGGAGGAGGGUGAUGCCUUCCCCUGGACCAUCAGCCUGAGCCAGUUCAGUGUGUACACCCUGCUGGGCCAGCAGCACAGCCUCAGCCUGCUGGAGCCCAUGGGCUGCACCUCCACGCUGGCCGUCACCUCCCACCGGCCGCAGGCCAGCGAGGGACGCCAGUCUUUCGUGGUGUGUCUCCACGUGGACCUGCAGCCCGUCCAGGUCAAGUGCUCCAACCCACAGGUGCAGCUGCUGUACGAGCUCUUCCUCAGCUGGAGCACCACCUGGGCCCGUCUCCAGAAGCACAGCGUCCUGCUCCAGACGUCCGGAGCGCCGGAGACCCCCCAGGGAGCCGCCCUGACCUCGCCGGUCCGCAGCAGUGCCGGCACUGUGCUGCCAGACGCCAGCACCUGCAGCCCCUCCGCCGACCUGGGCUCUCCCACUGAGGGCGACUCGGUGCCAGCCGGGGACGACGGGCCCUUCUCGGACACGGUGACGCUGGAGCAGAAGACCAGCAGCAUCGGGGGCACCAGCGGGAAGGUCAGCCUCUGGAUGCAGUGGAUGCUGCCCAAGGUCACGGUCAAGCUGUACGCCCCAGAUUCCGCCGCCAAAAACACAGAGAUUUGUGUCAUUGCUGAAAUGGAAGACCUGAGUGCCUCAGUGGACGUCCAAGAUGUCUACACAAAGAUCAAGUGUAAAGUGGUCAGCUUCAACAUGGACCACUACAGGUGCAGUCCGGCAGAGGGUGUGCGGAGCGUGGGCGGCUGUGGAGGAGUGAUCUUAUCCUGCACUGACAAGCUGAACAGACGAACGGUGCUGGUUCGACCCGUCAGCAAGCAGGACUCUUUCAGCCACUUCUCUGGCUUUUUCCCCCCUACGGCAGCCCGGGUCCUCGAGGGGUCGCACCAGCAGCACGGCUUCCUCUCCAUCACCUACACCCAGGCCGUCACCAAGAACGUCCGCCACAAGCUGACCACGCGGCCCGAGCGCCCCCCGCGCGGCUGCAGCAUGGCCGGGGGCCAGCGGGGGUCGGCAGACCCCCUGGCGGACGGCUCGCCCCAGUACCUGCGGGAGAUCCUGCUGACCGCCCAGCCCUUCGACGUGGUGCUCUCCUGUCCCUUAAUGGCCGCCGUCAUGGGCCUCUUCCAGGCCACCGUACCGAGGCGUUACCGCGAGCGGGGCAAGUCGUCGGGCCAGCCAAUGAGGAGCCACGCCCUGACCUCCCGCUGCCUGCCCCUCAUCUACAUCAACACCAGCACCAUCCGAGUGUUCUGCCCCGGGACGCAGGACAAACACACCGCCACAGAGUCCCACCAGAGCAAAGAAGACACCCUGGUGCUGAAGCUGGGCUCCGUCAGCAUGGCCCCCCAGGCAGAUAACCCCCUCUCCCGCACCGUGCUGCGCAAAGACAUCUACCAGCUGGCGUUGAACCUGGGCAUCCUGCGAGACCCUGGAUCCGAGGUGGAGGACCGCCAGUACCAGCUGGACCUCCAGUCCAUCAACAUCGGCACGGCCCAGUGGGAGCAGCUCAAGCCGGAGAAGGAAGGCACCAAGGGCGGGGCAGCCGCCGAGACGGAGAGGAACUCCCAGAACCCCGCGCUGGAGUGGAACAUGGCCAGCAGCAUCAAGAGACACCAGGAGCGGCGAGCCAUCCUCACCCCCAUCCUGACAGACUUCUCGGUGCGAGUGACAGCGGCUCCGGCCAUCAUCUUCAGCAGGCCUGUCUCCCUGGACAGCGGUCCUGCCGAGGAGGCGGUGGUGUGUGGUCAUUCCCUGGAGGUGAACGUGAGCGGUAGCCUGGACUUCUACCUUAGUGUGGCUCAGGUGCAGCUCCUUCAGCAACUCCUGCUGGACCACAUGGUGGGACUGGACGUCCCAGAGAAGAGUGCAGAGGUGCGUCGCAAGGAGCAGAAGCGGCGAGGUGGGCGGGACACGGCGGCGGGGGAGACGACGGCGGCGGCGGCGGCGGGAAGGCCCGGCGGUGAAGCCCCGCCAUCCUCCUCCUCCCGGCACAGCGCGGCCGGGGGGCGGGACAGCGGCUUCGGCAGCGACAGCGCCCGCAUCCGCAUCGUGCAGAUCGAGCAGCAGAGCGGCGCCAGCCACCACCGCCUGGCCCGGCCCUCGCACCAGUCCACCAUCACCAAGAACCUCAGCUUCAUCCCCUUUGACGUCUUCCUCACCGCCAGCAAGCUGUCUCUCAUGACCUACGCCUGCUCCGGCCUGGACCCCGCCCACGGCCUCGCCCAAAGCCCCGCCCCCUACCGGAGGAGGAACCCGACUGGAGAAAAGGUCGGGAAGAGCGCCCUGAACCUGCCUGAGACCCUAGCCGCGACCCCCCAUCAGCCUCCGUCCUCCACCGCCCCGGACUCUCCUCCGCCCUCCUCUUCCUCUCCCGGCCCCGCCGCGGUCCCCGCCGCGGGCCCCGCCCAGGGCACCCUGGCGGCCCUGACCGCCGAGGACCUGCUCAACAGCAACAGCCACCCCUCGCUGUCCCCGCGGCCCCCCACGCCAGCCGGCCUGCUGGCCCUGGACGGCCUGCCCCGGCCCAGCCGCUCCUCGGCCCGCCAGGCCCUGGGGGUGACGGUGGUGAGGCAGCCCGGCCGCAGGGGCCCCGGGGACCUGGUGCUGGAGCCCCUGCUCCACCUGCAGGUGGUGCAGCCCUCGGCCCUGAUCAGCUGCCACCACCGCAAGCAGAGGAUGGAGGUGUCCGUGUUUGACGUGGCGCUCCGCGGGGUCAACUCCCACUACAAGUGUCUUGACCCAGGUAAGAGUCUACCUGAGUCUCUAGACUACACCGUGACGUGGCUCCAGACGGCAGCGGGCGAGACAGACAGCAGGACCGGCAUCCCUCCUCCUCUGCUCUUCCUGCAGAUCAAAGACUUCCUCAACGGCCCAGCUGAGCUCAACCUGGAGCUCUCACGGCCCCUGAAGGUGAGCCCCACGCUGGCUAAGCUGGAGCAGGCCAAGGCCUACAUGACCAGGGUCCUGCCCAACUUCUGGGCUACCGAGGGCUCGGACAAGGCCCCCUGUUCCUCCUCCUUGUCCUCCUCCUCCUCGCCUUCCCCUCUCUCGUCCCCCACCAAGAGCACCAGAGCGCCCUCCAGAACCCCCAGCACUGCCCGCUCCGCCCCCCACCAACAGGCCUCCGCCACGGGCACGGCGAGCAGCGUCCUCCGUGCCCCGGCGGUGCCCUUCCACAAGGUGUCCCUCCGGACUGGCCAGAUCGUGGUUGCCAUGGAGACGGAAUCCCACGCCAUGAAGCCCAGCGUGACGGUGUCGGUGUCGGCCAUGACGGCCAGUCUGAACAUGAAGCCUGGUUCCAGGAUGGAAGACCCCAUCCAGGCCGCCUCCCUGCUCCUGGAGCUCAAGGAUGCGUCGGUGCGGACCGGGCUGAAGGAGCGGAGCCGUCUGCUGCUGGGCCCCUUCUCCUGCAGCGCCGCCCUGAAGGCCAACUGGUGUCGGCACAGCGGCAGCCCCGGAGCCGAGCCGGGCCCCCCCAAGGUGCUGCUGGACCUGAAGGGAGGCCUGCUGCAGCUCUUCUGGGGUCAGGAGCAUCUGAACUGCCUGAAGCUGGUGGAGGAGCACCUGGGGGCCUACCUUCGCCUCCAGGGAUGGGGGGCGGCCGACGGCACCAGUGCCCCGGAGGGCUGGCCCCUUCCCAGCCUGCCCUCCUCGCCCUCCCACGGCAGCGACUCCCCGCGCACGGAGCACAGCUCGGACGACCUGCGCACGGGCCUGUUCCAGUACAUCCAGGACUCAGCCUCGCGGCGGUUGCCGGCGCCCUACGAGGUGAUGUUCCACGGGGAGACGGAGGACAGCCCCGCGGUGAUGCUCUGGCGUUACCCGGAGCCGCGCGUCCUGACCUACGUCCGCAUCACACCCGUCCCCUUCAACACCACCGAGGACCCCGACAUCAGCACCGCCGACCUCAGCGAGCUGCUGCAGGUGCCCUGCAGCCUGGAGUACUGGGAUGAGCUCCAGGAGGCCUUCGUCCCUUACCGGGAGUUCAGCUUAUCAGAGAGCAGCUCCUGUCAGUUGCAGCUGCCUAGCCUCAGCCUUCGACACCAGCAGAAGGAGCUGGUGGCCUCGGACCUCUGGAGGAUCGUGCUCAGCAACACUGGAGACCCUGGAGGAGACGAGCACAGUUCAGACAGUGAGUCUGGCUCCCAGCUGCCCUGUGACCAGCUGGUGUCUCCCAAGGCGCUGGCAGCCUGCACCCGUGUGGACUCGUGCUUCGCCCCCUGGUUCGUCCACUCCCUGGGAGUCUCCAUGGAACUGGCCCACAUGGAGGUGCACCUCUGCCACCACCUGGAGCAGCUGGGCACAGCUCCAUGCCGGCGCCUGCGGCCCUUCCUGCCGGACAGGAAGUUGCCCCAGGAGCAGGAGUUCAUGGUGGUGGGUGCCAGCGAGCCCCGGCUCUACCUGCGGCAGUGGAACAGCGGUGCCCGCCUCAGCCAGGAGUUCAGCUUCUCCACCCGCCUGGACUGCCGACUGCUCGAGUACCGCAACCUGACCUACCUCCAGAUCCUGCAGCCCUUCGCACUCCAGGGCCAGGCCUCGGUCACCCGUUCCCCCCAGAGCAGCGUCCUGGACGGCAGCAUGUUUGUGGAGCCCGUGUUGCUCACCGUCAGCCAGUACGGCAUCCACACCCUGGACACCGCCCUGCAGAGCUGGCAACAGAAUGGCCGGGUGGAGGCGGAGGAGCUGCUCUACAGCCACUACGUGAUCUGCAACGACACACACGAGACGCUGCGCUUCGGCCAGGUGGACACGGACGAGAACGUGCUGCUGGCCAGCCUGCACAGCCACCAGUACAGCUGGCGCUCCCACAAGUCCGCGCAGCUGCUGCACAUCUGCAUCGAGGGCUGGGGGAACUGGCGCUGGUCGGAGCCCUUCAGCGUGGACAACGCCGGCACCCUGCUCAGAACCAUCCAGUACAAAGGCCGCACGGCCUCGCUCGUCAUCAAGGUGACGCAGCUCAACGGAGUCCAGAAGCAGAUCACCAUCUGCGGGCGCCAGCUGAUGUGCAGCUACCUGUCCCAGGACAUCGAGCUGCGGGUGGUGCAGCACUAUGUGGGCGCCGACGGCCAGACGGUGGUGCGGGAGCACUGCGACUGCCUGGAGGCGCGGGCCAUGCUGCCCUCCUACGUGCUGGAGGACGCCGAGAUGACGGAGCUGUGCGUCCGGGCCCGCGGUGACGACGACUGGUCCCAGGACCUGAGGCUGGACCGGGGGGAGGGCGAGCGAGCCGGGGCUGGGGGAGGCGGUGCUGGCAGUAGCUCUGUGGUGCAGGUGCCGUGCUCCAGUGGGUCUCUGCUCUACGUGUGGUGUACCCUCAUCACCAUCGAACCCCAUUCUCCUCUGCAACAGAGAGUCGUGGUGUUCAGCCCCUUGUUCGUGAUGCGGAGCCACCUGCCAGACCCCGUCAUCAUCCACAUGGAGAAGAGGAGCCUGGGGCUGAAGGAGAGCCAGGUGAUCCAGGGCCAGGGCCACCAGGAGCCGCUGCUGAACACAGAGGCCGACCUCACGCACCACCUCACCUUCCAGGCCAGGGAAGAGGAGGACGCCUCCCACUACGCCGUGCCCAUCUCCACCGGCCUCAUCAAGCAGAUCGUCAACAAGGCGGGCGGGACGGAGAAGCCCCAGAGGGUGCUGGAGGACUUCUACGGCGCCACGUCCACCGCAGAGACGCCCUGGCCCUACAUCUCUAAGGACACGGAAAGGAGCGUCCUGGAGCCCGUGGCCCAGUGGGACAGCCCCAUGCAGGUCAAGCUGUCCUGCUGGAAGGGGGGCCUCAACACCCUGCUGGUGGAGCUGCUGCCCUGGGCCCUGCUGGCCAACCACUCCCGCUGGGACCUGUGGCUGUUUGAGGGGGAGACCAUCGUGCUGCAGAUCCCCGCGGGCAAGGUCAUCGUGCCGCCAAACUUCCAGCAGGCCUUCCAGGUGGGGAUCUACUGGGCCCACACCAACACGGUCCACAAGUCCAGGGCGCUGAAGCUGGUCCACGAGCAGACCUCCCCGCGCUGGAAGGAGGACAGCGGCAGCGAGAUGUUGACCCUGGAUGAAGAGGGCUGCGUGGAGGCGGACAUCCCCCUGGGAGCCCUGCCCGGAGGCCAGAAGGUGUGUCAGUUCUGCGUGUCGUCGGUGGUGAGGCAGGGCAUCCAGGUGCUGCAGGUGGAGGACCGCACCAUCCUGCUCAACAACACCUCCCACACCAUCCACUACAGACCCCUGCUGGCCCACCGGGCCCUGGCUGCCACAGACCAGGCUCUGGAUCUCCCUGACUCUGCCGGGUUCACCCUCCCCCCCACGGUGGGGGGCGGCCCGGCCACGCCCUGCUCGGUGCCCUGCUGGGACCAGCUCCUCGACGGCCCUCAAGGGGAGGUGGUCUCCCCUCUGCCCCUCAAACACAUUCUCUUCAGCCUGGAUCCCAGGGCCCUCAACGCCGGGGCCGGGGCCGGGGCCGGGGCCGGGGCCGGGGCCGGGGCCGGGGCCGGGGCCGGGGCCCCGUGGAGCCUCCCGGCCCUGAUCCGAGCAGACUUUCCCAGGCAGAGCGUCUCCGUUCCGGGAGAGACCUUCGCCGGAGGAGGGGGACUGAUCAGCAGGGCUUUGGUGCUGACGUACCAGGAGCACCUCGGGGUGACGUACCUCAGCCUGAACGAGGACCCGUGCCCGCCCAUGCUCAUCCACAACAAGUGUCCGAUCCCCCUGCUUCUGAAGGAGAACCUCAAGGACGCGCCCCGGGCAGAGGUCUUCUGCCGCCCCAUCCCUGCCAGCGGCUCCCUGCACCACGAGCUCUACCAGCAGUACUCCAGCUUCCCCGACUGCCGGCAGAGAGAGGCUCUGCCUGCCCUGCUGCUGAAGACCACCCCAGAUCACGGCGCCACCACCUGGACCGACCCCGUCGACAUCAACUGCCCCGGCACACAGGUGGUGUUCCUGCCUGGGUUCGGCUGCCUUUACAUAGACGUGGUGUACGAGAAGGGCUCCAUAGAGCUCACCCUGGCCCCCGAAGGCAGCGCCGACUGCCUGCUCAGCCACCACACCAGGGCGGGCGACCUGCAGCUGUCCUUCCACGUCCUGGUCAGCGAGGCCAGCGUGGCGCUCAGCGACGACAUCACCAGCCCCUCUGGCUCCGUGGAGCUGCUGCGGCUCACCCUGACCAAGCUGCUGGUCGAGCUGUCACCCCCGCCCCCUCAGGGCCAGGACCAGCAGGCCUCGCCCGGGGCGGACUCCCGGGCCCUGGCCCCCGACGGCGUGCUGCUGGUGGGGCUCCACUGCGCCGGGCUGCAGGUGGACAACCAGCUGUACAACCGGGCCAGCUUCCACUUCCCCGUGCUGCUGUGCCAGGAGCAGAGGUCGGAGGCGGAGGCCGGGGGUCCCUGGAGCGCGGAGGCCAACCCCGCCACCGCCGCCCCCGAGGCCCUGGAGGAGUUCAAGCGCUCCUGCUUCCUGGAGCUGGGGGCGCUGCUGGCGGCCGACUGCUGCACCCUGGAGCAGGUCUCCUUCCAGCUGCAGCCCGCCAGGGUCUACCUGGAGGACACCUUUGUGUACUACAUCAAGACGCUGUUCCACAGCUACAUCCCCGACAGCGCUGUGGCCCCCAGCUCCGCAGGGGCCCAGAGGACAUCCACCAGCACUGAGGCUGCACCGCUCGUCCCAGAGCAGGUGGUCCACUCGCUGCAGGCCCUGGUGCGGCCCGUGCGGCUGCGGCGACUCGUCAUCCGGCCCAUCAACCUGCUGGUCAGCGUGCACGCCUCCCUCAAGCUGUACAUCGCGUCGGACCACACGCCGCUCUCCUUCUCGGUGUUUGAGCGCGGGCCCGUGUGCACCACGGCCCGCCAGCUGGUGCACGCCCUGGCCAUGCACUACGCCGCUGGGGCUCUCUUCCGGGCCGGCUGGGUGGUGGGUUCCCUAGACAUCCUGGGCAGUCCUGCCAGUCUGGUGCGCAGCAUCGGGAACGGCGUGUCGGACUUCUUCCGGCUGCCCUAUGAGGGCCUGACCCGGGGCCCCGGGGCCUUCGUCAGCGGGGUCCACAGAGGGACCACUUCCUUCGUCAAACACAUCUCCAAAGGCACCCUGACCUCCAUCACCAACCUGGCCACCAGUCUCUCCCGCAACAUGGACCGGCUGUCCCUGGACGAGGAGCACUUCACUCGGCAGGAGGAGUGGAGGAGGCAGCUCCCCGAGAGCCUGGGGGACGGCCUCCGCCAGGGCCUCUCGCGCCUCGGCAUCAGCCUGUUAGGGGCGAUUGCGGGCAUCGUGGACCAGCCCAUGCAGAACUUCCAAAGGUCCUGGGACCUGCCCAGCUCGGCCGGCAGCACGGCCAGAGGGGUGAUCUCCGGUGUGGGGAAGGGCAUCGUGGGAGUCUUCACCAAGCCCAUCGGAGGAGCUGCUGAGCUCGUCUCUCAGACCGGAUACGGGAUCCUGCAUGGAGCCGGGCUGUGGCAGCUCCCUAAGCAGCUGUACCUGCCUGCCGACGACAACUCCACCCUGGCCCCCAACAGCCACCUCAAAUACGUGUGGAAGCUGCUGCAGUCCCUGGGCCGUCCCGAGGUCCACAUGGCUCUGGAGGUGACCAUCGUCAGCGGGUCGGGCCAGCAGCACGCCGGCUGCCUUCUGCUGACCUCCGACGUGCUGUUUGUGGUCAGCCUCAGCGAGGACACCCAGCAGCAGGCCUUCCCCAUCACCGAGGUGGAGUGCAGACAGGAGCUGGGAGAGCCCGGCCAGCUGAUCCUCAGCUUACAGCAGCAGACCGUGAGCAGCGACACUGAGGGCGACAGCGUGCGCGAGCGUCUCUCGGAGCAGCAGUACCAGCGGCUGGUCGACUACGUCACGCGCGCCUCCAACUACCUGUCUCCGUCGGGGGUCUCGCUCCAGCUGCAGCCCCCCGUGACCCUGGCGCAGCCGCCGCCCUCGCCCACCAAGUCCUACCGCUACCUGGUGGAGCCCGCCUCCGCCGCCGUGUUCACCAGCAAGUUCACCGCCGUCAAGAACAAGGCCCUGCGUGUGGGCUUCCAUUGACCCGCUCCGUUCUGUGAAGGGAGAGGGGGGAAAAAGAAUCACCGUUAUUUGUGUAAAAGGGAAAAAUAAUUUUAUGAUACCACGUAACUACCCGGUUUAUGCACUAGUGUGUCGGAGAAGAGUUGUUGUUCUACAGUCUGUUUUUACGAUUAGACGCAUAUUUUCACAUGUUUGCCUUUUCAGUGAGAUAUUUUCUACUGUAUGUGCCCUGUGUGUGUUUACGUUGUCCUUGCACCGGCCGCUUGUCUCGUGCCUAUCCAAGUGCAAUAUUCUACAGAAGUGCAGAGCCGUUCGAGAAAGAUGCGUUGCCAUCCGUUAACCAAAAUGUCUAAAACAUCACAUUUACGCCAACCCCCUUAAUGAUGCAAAAAAUAAAAUAUAUAUACCUGUUGUGAGUACUAAGGCCACAUGCUAAAUGCAAGGUACUGCAUACUUUUUAUAAACACUAUUGUAGAUUAUGUAUGUAGAUCGAUUAUAAUAUAUUGUAUUAACACUGUAAUAAAAUCAGUAACAAAUGCA